AUAUAAUCAGCUCCACUCAAGAGGACUCUUUUCUUCCCUCCCCUUACUGAGCGCAGCCGGAAUCUGAGGCUGGCUUCCCAGGGAGAAAGGAAGAAAGAGAAAAGACAAGGGGAGGGGAGGAGAGGAGAGGAGAGCUGUGAUUUACUAGGACCAGGGCUGCUGCUGCCUCUUCCCUUGAGCCUCGCCAGAAGGAAGGAGUAGAGAGCUGGAUUCCCCCCCACCCCUCCUCAGAGCUGGGCAUUCCUUCUCCUCUGGGAAGAUGCAUGAGUGGAUCUGUGCUCCCCGUGGGUUGCCUGGGCUGCAUCCUGCAGCUUGAAAUUCACACCCCACAGACCCAACCUUUGGGUUCUGGGGUCUGCUCUUGGAAAUACCUUCUCCCCUCCUCCGGUCAAGCUUUUGGGGGGCUCGGGCUAAGGAACCCUCUUCCAUUUCUCCCCUAACCCCAAUAGUAUAUUUGGGAUGCUGUGGAGCAACUGAAGCCGAUACCAACAUUUGGAGAGAACUUCUUGGAAAAGAGACCCGCCUGACAACAUCUCUUGUGUUCGCCUCCAGACUGCCUCCAGGAGAAUCCUCAUUUUAAGUUAUUCUUUACUGGAUACACCGUCUGAACUUUCUGGGUGCUCCACUUUGAGGUCCCCGUCCCCGUCCCCGAAAGCAACUAUUAAUCCGAGAAACUUUAUGGGAUAAUCCUCUAGCUUCUUUCAUGGUCUAGGUGUUUGGUGGAAGAGGCCAUGAUGCUGCAUUUCCUGCUGGGCGCCUUCUUCCCAGCCCUGAUCCUGGCAGCACCCCCUCCCAUCAACAAGCUGGCCCUCUUCCCAGACAAGAGCGCUUGGUGCGAGGCAAAGAACAUCACCCAGAUCGUGGGUCACAACGGCUGCGAGUCCAAAUCCAUCCAAAACAGGGCCUGCCUGGGACAGUGCUUCAGCUACAGCGUCCCCAACACCUUCCCACAGUCCACGGAGUCCCUGGUGCACUGCGACUCCUGCAUGCCUGCCCAGUCCUUGUGGGAAAUCGUGACUCUGGACUGCCCAAGCAAUGAGGACAUCCCGAGAGUAGACAAGCUGGUGGAGAAAAUCCUCCACUGCAGCUGCCAGGCCUGUGGGAAGGAGCAGAACCAGGAAGGGGCCCUCUUCAACGUCUACCUGAAUGCCGACGAGAACCUGCCGGCCGAGGGGCCCAACGCCGCCCACCCCUACAGCCACCACCCCGUAGACGAGCCCUCCAGCCGCCACCACCGCCAGCGCGAGGAAGAGCCCGACGAUUGACCCUCGGGGAAGGGUCCCCGCAGCCCAGACCCCCUUCUCCUCGCUCUCCACCACCCACCACGCUUCGCUCUUAGUGAUGUCGGCCAGGGGGGAUGCCGGGACGUUUUGCAGGGGGACUUGGUGAUGUCGGCCAAGUCACAGCUGGGACUUUUUUUGGGGGGGGGGGAACAUGGACAAAAUGGAAGCGACUGGGGUGGGGGAGGGAACUGGGGGAGAGGGGAGGCCGUCCCUGCAGAAUUGCACAUGGCGGCAGUCUGUUGAGUGGGGUGGCCGGGGGUCGGACCAGCACUUAACCGUAGGAUGAAGAUGGCGUCUCAGUGGCCCCCUGGGGUGUUGGGACCCUGAUUCUCCAGGUCCCAUUGGGAUGCUACCCCGGGGGAGCUGAAAUCUGCCAAAUGCAUUAGAAAAAGAGACUCUGCCGUCGGCUAGCUUGAGGUGGAUCGUUUUUCCAGGCAUGAGGACGACCAUGGCUGCCUCUUGAGUGUCCCAGAAGUGUCGCUUCUCGAAAGGGAAUCUUUAAAAAGUGACAGAACUGUCCGUCCGCUGUGGAGCGACAUGAACGGGAGCUCUCCAGUGGGGUGUGUCCAUAGAUGGCAGCCGGACCUGUUGAGCUUUAAUUCCUUCUCCCCAGGGAAUGCUGGGAAAUGCCGUACCCGGGUGGGGGGGGGAGAGAGGGUGAGCUCUAAACGCUGAAUUCUCUGGGGAGGGGGGAUGCUGGCUGGGCUAGCUUGGGCCUGCCGGGUUAGACCCACACGUAGACAUUCUCUGCAGUGCGUUCUGCGGUUUGGUGACAUGCAUGUAGCCAUGACGUUGGCCAGAAGGUACUUUGGGAUCCUCCAAAUGUUAGAGGCUGGCUGGCAUUCGGCACAUCUGCCCAGCCCACGUCCAAGAGACGGAGUUUCUUCUGGGAGGAGUUUCAAAACGCAUGAAGCCGACAUGGGGAGAACUAACUUAAGCCUGGUUCAAGCUCGCCAAGGUGGCUUCAUCCAAAGAAUUCUUGGGGCUGAGGGCUGGGACAGGGAGCGUUCUGUGGGAGACCCCCCUGGAGAGACGCACUUUGGGUUAAUCCCGUUUCGGAUGGCUGUGCCGAUGUGCCUAACGGUUGACUGGUUUCCCUCCACCCGCUUCCCACGGGUGAUCCCAGAUGAGUCGCCUUGGAUGAGGGCUUCUUAGGAUUGAAGACAGCAGAGGAAGAUGGUCCAUGACAUCUUGAGUCCAUAAGGGACGAGGAGAAGGGCUGGUUAGGAGGGGGACAGCUGUGUAGCCUGCCGCGCUGGAUGUCUGGACCCCAUUUCCUUCCACGCAGCACUUUACUCAAUGGAAGAGGGCAAGAGAACCUCUCGGGGGGGGGAGAGCUGGUGGGGCAGCAGGGGGGAGAGAGACAGGCAGACAAAGCUGGGUUGUGCAGCUGGCCUGAAGAGCUGUUGGUUACCGUCCCAACCCUUCCCUGAAUUAUUUUUAGGCCUGAAUCCUCGAGUCUUCCAUGGGUCUGGGCGCUUCUUUUCCCUCCCUGCCAUGCUCUCCCUGUUGGAUCAAUUCACCCUCCGUUCUCCUGCCGCGACAGAAGCUUCCAAAGCUGUUAACCCACAAAGACACGAAUCCUGCACACACUGUAUAUUUCCCAUGUUUCUGUGAUGUUGUUUUCUUCCCCUUCAAUAAAUUAGAUCUGAUGACCACA